UCCUCAAAGUCCAUGGUGGCCCUGCCCUUGCGUUUGUGUUACACAAAUUCGAAAUACCAAAGCAUCAGGUCCCGUAGAGAAUGACAGUUGUAAUAACUUCUCUUCGAUUGUCUCGCCUAAUUUCACCGAAACCCGGUUCAGUUUCAUGUGCACCCUUUUUACGCUCCAAUAGACGUCAUAAUCAUACGUUGGUUUUGUGUAGUAAAAAGAAAUCAUUCAUAUUUGGAUCUGUUUUCUCUAGUCAGAAAAAUUCAGUAGGCGUAGAAUCCAAAAGGUUUUCCAUUUGCGAUAAUCAUAGAAAGGUCGCAAGCAUGGCGGAGGAGGCUGGUAACCCAUUGCUAGAGCAGGGUCCUUUUCCUCGCUUUGAUGCAGUGGAAGCGAAGCACGUACUACCAGGCAUAAGGGCUGUCUUGAAACAACUGGAAAAUGACUUAGCUGAACUGGAAAGCUCAGUAGAGCCAGCUUGGCCCAGGCUAGUUGAGCCUUUAGAAAAGAUUGUGGAUCGCAUUUCUGUUGUAUGGGGAGUUGUUAAUCAUCUUAAAGCUGUCAAAGAUUCUGAGGAACUUCGUUCAGCUGUUGAGGAAGUGCAGCCUGAAAAAGUAGCUUUUCAACUGAGAUUGGGACAGAGUAAACCUAUCUAUAAUGCAUUUAAAGGUCUGAAGGAGGGUCCUAAUUGGGAAACUCUGAGUGAAGCACAGAAGCGAAUUGUAGAAGUUGAGAUUAAGGAAGCCAUACUUAAUGGUGUUGCUCUAGAAGGAGAUGCUAAGACACAAUUUAAUGAAGUUCAACAGGAGUUAGAAAAACUCUCACUAAAAUUUGGUGAAAAUGUAUUGGAUGCAACCAAAAGAUUUGAAAAACUAAUAACGGACAAGAAGGAUAUUGAAGGAUUGCCACCUACUGCUCUAGGUCUGGCUGCUCAAUCAGCAAAAUCAAAGGGGCAAGAAGGUGCAACUGCGGAGGAUGGUCCAUGGAUUAUUACAUUAGACAUUCCGAGCUACCUGCCUGUCAUGCAGCAUGUACGCAAUCGUGGUCUCCGUGAGGAGCUAUAUCGUGCCUUUAUUACACGUGCUUCUAGUGGAGAUUUAGAUAAUACACCAGUUAUUGAUAGGAUCUUGAAACUUCGAGCAGAGAAAUCUAAACUGCUUGGAUACAAGAACUAUGCAGAGGUAAGCAUGGCCAUGAAAAUGGCUAGUGUUGAGAAAGCAGAAGAACUUUUAGAAAGGCUUCGCAGUGCUUCAUGGGAUUCAGCUGUACAAGAUUUGGAAGAUUUGAAGAUUUUUGCGAAAGAGCAGGGUGCUGAAGAAGCUAAUGAUAUGUGCCAUUGGGAUGUUAACUUCUGGAGUGAGCGCCUUCGUGAGGCUAAGUAUGACAUUAAUGAGGAAGAGUUACGACCAUUUUUCUCUUUGCCAAAAGUAUUGGAUGGCCUUUUUGGCCUCGCAAAAAUGCUUUUCGAUAUUGACAUUGAACCAGCAGAUGGUCUUGCUCCAGUGUGGAACAAGGAUGUGAGGUUCUAUGCUGUCAAAGACUCAUCAGGUAGCCCAGUUGCAUAUUUUUAUUUUGAUCCAUAUUCAAGGCCCUCAGAAAAACGAGGUGGUGCAUGGAUGGAUGAAGUUUUUGGCCGAAGCCGUGUCCUUGCACAGGAUGGUAGUUCAGUAAGGUUACCAAUAGCACACAUGGUUUGCAAUCAGACUCCACCAGUUGGAGAUGAACCAAGCCUAAUGACUUUCCGAGAGGUUGAGACUGUAUUCCAUGAAUUUGGGCAUGCUCUACAACAUAUGCUUACCAAACAAGAUGAAGGAUUAGUAGCAGGCAUUCGAGGUGUAGAGUGGGAUGCAGUUGAGCUUCCGUCACAGUUCAUGGAGAACUGGUGCUACCACAGGGAUACACUCAUGGGUAUUGCUAAGCACUACAAAACUGGCGAAACACUCUCAGAAUCAAUAUACUCAAAGCUUGUAGCUGCACGGACAUUUAGGGCAGCUUCACAGAACUUGCGGCAGAUCCGUUUUGCAAGUAUUGAUCUGGAGCUACAUUCAAAAUAUGUGCCUGGUGGUUCAGAGACAAUUUAUGAUGUUGAUCGUAGAGUAGGUCAGCAGACACAGGUUGUUCCACCUCUUCCAGAAGACAGGUUCCUCUGCAGUUUCAAUCAUAUCUUUGCUGGUGGAUAUGAAGCUGGUUACUAUAGCUACAAGUGGGCAGAGGUGUUGUCUGCAGAUGCAUUCUCAGCAUUUGAAGAGGCUGGACUGGAUAAUGAAAAGGCUGUUAAAGAAACAGGCAGAAGAUUCAGGGAUACAAUUCUUGCUCUUGGAGGUGGCCGACCACCAUUGCAGGUUUUCAUAGAUUUCCGUGGCAGAGAACCAUCAACAGAUGCACUUCUUAGACAUAAUGGGUUGUUGAGAACACCUGUAGCAGCUUAAUAGAUUUUUGUAGUGAAGUAUUUGAACAAAAUUCUUUAUAAUUUGGUUUAUUUACUCUUUUUAACCUCAUUGUUGCAGCUUAAUAGAUUAUGAUGUAAUGCAUCAUAAGGCUGCAAUGGCAUCUUAGAGAAACAAAGCAUUUGCACCUUUUGGAAAGGGUUGAUCAGAAUAUGAAAAGGUCAUUUUUUUCUAAAUAUUGGAAAUUACUUGCUAGUUAUAAGAUGAGAAAGAAAAUAAUGGAUAAA